CUGCCAUGGAGGCCUUGCUGCACUACGUGAACCCCGCGCACGCCAUCUCGCUGCUGAGCGCCCUCAACGAGGAGCGCCUCAAGGGCCAGCUGUGCGACGUGCUGCUCAUCGUGGGCGACCAAAAGUUCCGCGCGCACAAGAACGUGCUGGCGGCCAGCAGCGAGUACUUCCAGAGCCUCUUCACCAGCAAGGAGGGCGAGGCGCAGGCCGUGUUCCAGCUGGACUUCUGCGAGCCUGACACCUUUGACCACGUGCUCAACUACAUCUACUCGUCGUCGCUGUUCGUGGAGAAGGGCAGCCUGGCGGCCGUGCAGGAGCUGGGCUACAGCCUGGGCAUCUCCUUCCUGACCAACAUCGUCUCCCGUACCCCGCAGGCGCCCUUCCCGCUGUGUCCAAGCAGGCGCAGGCCGGUGGCCCCCGACGACGAUGGCCACGAUUCCAGCGGUAGCCACGGCAAUGGCGCCCAGAAGAGGAGCGUCAUCGUGUGCCAGAGCCGGAGCGAGGCGCCGGGCCCCGCGGCCAGCCCGAGCCUCAGCGAGCUCGCCCACGGCCACUGGCCCUCGCCCGGCGUGACCAAGCUCAGUGCCGGCCCGGCCCCAGGCCCCGCAUCCGGGGAACCGCCUCGCACCACGGCCUCGCCCGAGCGCACGGCCACGGCCUAUGCCAAGGCCCUGAAGCGCGUGGGCUCCGCGGAGGAGCCAGGCCGAGGGGACGUGGUGUCCAGGGCCCCGGCCGUGCCCUCCAAGCACCUGUCGGCCGAGCACGAGGCCGGUGCCGAGAAGGCCGGGGCCGGGGCGCCACUCCCCAAAGGCAGGGCUCUCGAGCUGGCCCUGCGGAGGCCGCGGCCGCCCGUGCUGGCGCUCCGGAGCACGUCCGAGACGCCUUACCUGCUGACAGAGACGGGCAAGGCGGGCGGCACGGCCGGGGACCGCAACCUGCUCUACUACUCCAAGCUGGGGCUGGUGAUCCCGUCCCCGGGCGCCGCGGGCCCCACGGGCCCGAGCAUCGACCGCAGCGGCCCGCUGGUCAAGAGCCUGCUCCGGCGCUCCCUGUCCAUGGACAGCCAGGUGCCCGUCUACUCGCCCUCCAUCGACCUCAAGCCGGCCUCGGGGCUGCCCGCCGCCGCCCUCACCGCCGCUGCCUCCGUGGACACGCCCGUCUCCGCGCCCGGCGCCUCGUCGCACAGAGCCGCCUUCCCGGACGCGCCGACGGCCCGGCCCCCCCAGCCGCACCGCCUGCGCUCCUUCAGCGCCUCCCAGUCCGCCGAGAGGGAGGCGCCCCCGGCCCCCGACGUGCCCAUCAAGACGGAGCCCCGCAGCCCGCUGUCGGACCCCUCCGACAUCAUCAGGGUCACCGUGGGCGACGCCGCGGCCGGCCGGGACCUCUCCCUGAAGACCGAGGACGACGCCCAGGCCAUGAGCCGGCUGCCCGCCAAGAGGCGCUUCCAGGCGGACCGCCGGUUGCCGCUCAAGAAGCUGCGCGACGACGACGAGCCCGGGUCCGAGUCCCCCCGGACGGCCGAGCCUCCGGAGCGCGGCGCCAGCCCGGCUCUCCUGCUCGCGCCCUCGCCCCGCGACGCCUUCGGUGAGUUGGAGGGCGCGCGGCCCAGCAGGAGGUUUAAGUGCAAACACUGCCUUAAGAUCUUUCGGUCCACGGCCGGCCUGCACCGGCACGCCAACAUGUACCACAACCCGGAGAAGCCCUACGCCUGUGACAUCUGUCACAAGCGCUUCCACACCAACUUCAAGGUGUGGACCCACUGCCAGACCCAGCACGGCGUCGUGAAGAACCCGUCCCCCGCCGCCGGCGCCCACGCCGUCCUGGACGAGAAGUUCCAGAGGAAGCUGAUCGACAUCGUGCGCGAGCGCGAGAUCAAGAAGGCCCUGAUCCUCAAGCUGCGGCGCGCCAAGCCGGCCUUCCCGGGCCCGGGCGGCUCCUGCGCGCAGCAGGCCGCCAAGAGGACGCUGAGGUCGCGCGCCAAGGGCGCCUACGUGUGUACGUUCUGCGGCAAAGCCUGCCGCUUCCUCUCGCAGUUCAAGCAGCACCUCAAGAUGCACCCGGGCGACAAGGCCGGAGCCGGCGGGCCCAAGGCCAGGGAGGCGGCGGGCAGCGGCGGUGGCCGUGGCGGCGGCCCGGGGGGCGGCCCGGCGCCGCCGGCGUUCGCGUGCCGCCUCUGUAAUGCUACGCUUUCUUCUCUCGUAGAGCAAGGCCAGCACGAGCGCCUGUGCCGCAGCGCCGCCGUCUGCCCCUACUGCAGCCUCCGCUUCUGCUCGGCCGAGCUCAAGCGGCAGCACGAGGCCCGCUGCGAGUCGCGGAAGCUCACCUGCCUCGAGUGCAUGCGCACCUUCAAGUCGGCCUUCAGCAUCUGGCGGCAUCUGGUGGAGGUGCACAACCAGAACUCCAUGGCCCCGCCCGGCCGCCCGGAGCCCAACGGGGACGCCGCCACCCCCGGCAGCGCCGCCACCGCCGCCGCCGCCAGGCCCCUCGCCAGGGACGACCCCGCCGCCGCCAGCGACUCCUCCGAGCACGGCAACCUGGACUCGGAGGACUCCUCCUGCCUCCCCGAGGACCUCAGCCUGGCCCGGCCGCUCCGGCUGCGCGUCAAGGAGGAGCCCGGGGAGGAGGCCGGGGCGGAGGCGGCCGCCGCGGGGGUGGCCCCCAAGGACUCGGGCCCGGAGCCCGGCGUGUGGCCCUGCGAGAAGUGCGGCAAGACGUUCCUGGCGCCCAAGCAGCUGGAGCGGCACCAGGAGCUGCUGUGCUCCGUGAAGCCCUUCAUCUGCCACGUGUGCAGCAAGGCCUUCCGCACCAACUUCCGCCUCUGGAGCCACUUCCAGUCGCACAUGGACGCCGCCGCCGCCGCCGCCCCGCCCAGGGACGCCGAGGCCCGGCCUCCGCCCGCGAACUCGCCCUCGCCGCCGCCCGCCGCCCCCCCGCCGCCGCCGCUCCCCAAGAUCCAGCCUCUCGAGCCCGACAGCCCCACCGGCCUGCCCGAGGCCCCGGCGGCCGGAGCCGCCGCCACCGAGAAACAGCUCUUUGCGCCCCAAGAGUCGGACACGCUCUUCUACCACGCGCCGCCCCUGUCGGCCCUGGCCUUCAAGCGGCAGUUCAUGUGCAAGCUGUGCCACCGCACCUUCAAGACGGCCUUCAGCCUCUGGAGCCACGAGCAGACCCACAACUGAGGGACG